AUGAUGUACGAGAAGAUCAAGAAGCUGGAUAAGGAGCUGGCCAGGUACAAGGAGCAGAUCUGCAAGACCCACCCGGCCCAUCCCAGGAGGUCGUCAAGGCCUAUUUUUUUUGUAAAAUGGAUUGUUAUGGCUACAAAACUGUUAGGAGCUUGUCACUUCCUUGCAAUGUAUGUUCACAACAAUAUUUUCUUUAGUUUUGCUGUCGACUCUAACUUUGAAGACAUUUCAAAGGACCACAAGCUAGAUUGCCAAAAUGGCUCUAGCAGAAGCACCAAGGUUUCCUCCCCAGAUGUGAUCACUAAGCCAGAUGCAAACCAUGGCAAAUCUGCUGAGGUAGUUGAUUCAAAAUCUGAAGAGGCACAACUCGCAGAUAGAGAGCAGGCGACAUAUGCUUCUGCAAACAAUGACUUAAAAGGAACUAAGGCUUAUCAAGAAGCUGAUGUUUCUGGCCUUCACAAUCUUGCGAUGGCAAUAGUUGAUUACAGAGGUCACAGGGUUGUAGCUCAGAGUAUAAUACCUGGUAUUCUUCAAGGAGACAAGUCUGAUUCCCUUCUGUAUGGUUCUGUUGAUAAUGGCAAGAAGAUAUCUUGGAACGAAACGUUCCAUUCUAAGGUUGUUGAGGCUACAAAGCAGCUCCAUUUGAAGGAACAUGUGGUAUUGGAUGGUUCUGGCAAUCCUGUAAAAUUAGCUGCUACAGUCGAAUGCAAGGGUAUUGUUGGGAGUGAUGACAGGUAAUUUGAUUCUUGA